CCUAGCAAACCUCAAAGACAUAGACUAUACGAACACACGGCAUUUGGCAGCUGAUAGAUCGAGUUGUGUGUGUGCGUGUGUGGGAGAUUGCCUGCGAGCUACAUACAUCAGUAUCUGCAGUAUGUCUAUCUAGCUAUAUUUCCCAGCAAUAUUUUUAGCUCAUGACAGGCUCUGCUGAUCGUUGCAUAUAUGAUUUGCAGGUAGCUAGCUAGAACAACUUCUUAGAACACAUAUAUAGCUAGCUGUCGUCGUUCUGCAGUUAGCACACACACAACCAAGCUACCUAGGAUCGAGAUAGCUAGAGGCGUUGAAUCCAUUGAUCGAAUCGCGAUCCGAUCCAUCCGAGCUAGCAUUAGCAAUAGCAUCGCCGUCCACAUGCCGCAGACACCUUCGACCCGCUGGUGCCCGACGCCGGAGCAGCUGAUGAUCCUGGAGGAGAUGUACCGGAGCGGCGUGAGGACGCCCAACGCGGCGGAGAUCCAGCAGAUCACGGCGCACCUGGCCUACUACGGCCGCAUCGAGGGCAAGAACGUCUUCUACUGGUUCCAGAACCACAAGGCCCGCGAGCGCCAGCGCCUCCGCCGCCGCCUCUGUGCCCGACACCAGCAGCAGUACGCUCAGCAGCAGCAGCAGCAGGCCACCGCAGCAGCGCCGUCUUCGAGCCCUCUUCCGUCUCCAGCAGCAGGCGGCAGCAGCGCUGGUGUGCAUCCGGCGGUGAUGCAGCUGCACCAGCACCACCACCCAUACGCAACCAACUUCGUGCCACACCUGGGCUACUUGGGACAGCAGGCGGCGACUGUUCCGCCAGUGCUGAACCCAGCUGCUGCCGGCAUGGUGGACCUUGCAGCUGCAGGAGCAGGAGCAGGAAAUAAGGCUACUGGUGCAGGUGGUGGCUAUGGAGGUGGAGCUGCCUUAUACAACAGCUGCAGCAGCAAUCAGCUGGAGGAGUGGGACCCCGCUGAGGCCAUGGAGCACUGCAACGCUAGCUGCGGUGCCGCAUCGGGCAGCUCCGACGAGGGUGGCGCAGCUCAUCUCCAGCUGCCGCCAUGCUGCCGCCGCCCUCUCAAGACCUUGGACCUGUUCCCCACUAAGAGCACUGGGCUCAAGGACGAGUGCAGCAGCUCCAAGUCCUCCUCUUGCUCCACAUCCACCAACUAAUUAAUCAUUAUUAUUGAAUCCCUUUAGUUUCUAUAUAUCUUGCUUCUAGUAGUUCUUUGAUUUGCUAGCUAGCUAGCUAGAGUUAGUAGAUUUGGUCUUCUCAAGUGUGCCAUUAUAUUGUUGUGUUGUGUGUGCUCGCAAAAAAAUUGUUGUGUUGUGUGUCACGCUACCUCUACUUUGCUUGUUAGUGUAACUACGUUUAAGUUUCAGUGCUCGACUUCAAUCUAUGUGUAUCUAUCUUAAUUCAUGCAAUGGAUUUGUUUUAGCAGACUGUGA